GACAGUUGCCGGUUCAAGACCUGUAAUAAGUUCGGUUUGGCAGUCUUACCUAAACCCCUGUUGUGCAAGCUCCAUUGAGCGUCAAGAACCAGACUGGAAGGUCUACGGUUUACAGUUGUUCCUCUGUAAAGGCGGCUUUACCUCCAAGAAUGGCCGAAAUGAAAUUUUAAAGCAGCCACGAACAAAAAUCAUCGGUCACCGGUCGAAAUGUUCGCCGGUAUUCCUGUUUUCCUCGAGUGAUGUAACCAGCAUUUUUUUCUUCAUAACCGUUCGAGGGGGGACUCGGCUAUUUAAACAAGCUUCCGCCAUGAGUUGCUCCGUCCUCCACCACGUGGAGGUAUGCGUCAAGGACGAGAAGAUCGUCAACCUCCUCUGCAGGGGCUUCGGCUUCGCCCCCUUCGCCUACCGCCUCACCCCGGGGGCGUCCAAACUGGCCCUCCGGAGCGGCGACUCCAUCUUCGUCGCCGUGAAGCGAAGAAAGCUCGACCCUAAUAAUUGCGAAUCAAUCAGUCACGGACUCCUGGUCGAUAAGGAUGAUGAAGGACAUAACAACGAGGACGACGAGUGUCCCCCGGACGAAGGAGGGGAACACUGGACCGUCUUCUGCUGCGAGGGGGAGUCGGGCCACGCCGUGGAUUCGGUCUUCAACGUGGCCUUGGUGGUCAAGGACGUGGAUGCCGUGACCCAGAGGGUUCGGUCUAGGGGAGGGCAGGUGCUCAGAGAGCCCACCGAUCUUCCUGCCAGGAGUAGGAGCAGGGGGAGGGGGAGUAGGAGGAAGGGGGAGUCAGGUCACGUCAGGUACUCCAUAGUGAGGUCAUGCUGCGGGAACGUCGUUCACACGCUGAUCGACAAGUCGAAUUAUGGCGGGUUUUUCCUGCCGGGGUUCGAGCCCAUUGGUCAUCACCAGGGGGCGAAGAAGCCCAACAGUGUUCUAGACCGUGUCAUAAGUGACUUUACUAGACCGAAUUCUCUUUCCUCUUCUUCGUCUUCCUCAGCAGAAUAUACGAAUCUAUGGAACCUCGAAAAUCAAUCUAUAAAUCAAUCAUCUUCGCUGCCUCUCUCGACCCACAUCGAUCACGUGACCUACGUUUGCGAAAUUGGCCAGUCCAAAGAGUUGCUUGCUUGGUACGAAUUCUGCUUUGGGAUGAAGCGGUUUUUAACUAAUAGAAAAGAGAGUGAGGAAGAAGGCUUCGUUCUAUCUGACAAUAUAGGUCUACGCCUGAAGGUGAUGGAGUACUGGAAAUGCGCGGAAACAGGACUCGCGUCUCCUCAGGAAGGAAACGAGGACGACUCGUCCCUUAAACUGGUCAUUGCAGAACCCUUGCCGGAAGUUAGCAACAGCCACGUCGACAAAUUCCUAAAAUCUCACGGCGGGCCAGGAGUGCAACACAUAGGCCUACACACGCCCACCAUGGUGACCACAGUCGACUUCAUGGCCAGGAAUGGAGUGGUCUUUAGAAAGGCUCCUCCGACUUAUUACGAAGAGGGGAUAAAAUUGGACGAAAUUAUAGCAGCAGGUCACUCGGAUGAGCUCAAGCUGUUCCAAGACCUGGGGAUCCUUCUAGACACUGAGGCCGAUGUCUUCACAGAAGAGGAACUGGACAAGGAUAAAAAGAGCUACCUGCUCCAAGUCUUCACGGGACCUGUGUUUGACGAGGACACUUUCUUCCUCGAAGUCAUACAGCGACGGGGCGCCAGGGGCUUUGGCGCAGGGAACAUCACAGCUCUGGCCAGGUCUAUAAUGUUGCACAAUCAGAGACAGUAAGUUCCACUGACUGAAAAAGUCUUUAGGCCUAUACAAUAUAGAUGCCUAUUUCCAGAUGUAAGGGUACAACUAUAUACGGAGAAUUCAAAUAUGCACAUGUUGACCGAGCUUAGUCAUUUCAUAUUUUGUUUGUGUUGUAUAUAUUUUAUGGUAGCAGCAUACUGAAUGAUAAGUGUGUAGUACAAUUGCUAAUUCUUAAGCUUAAAGAAAAAUAUUUGUAACUAAAGCUACAAGCCUUUAUUUGAUUACAAAAAGAAAAAAUAA